AGUAGGCCUAACUCAAACUGCCUUAACUAGACUCUAGUAUUAGUAACACCAUGUGACUAUAUUUCAUGACUAUCAAAGUAUCACCAUUAGAUCUAGAUCUAGUAUUAAAUCUAUAUAAACGAUUAAGCCCGAUUCUAGAAUAAUCUAGACUAGAUCUACCUUUGAUUUGUGUACUCAUGUACUCGAUUAGACCUCUAGAUCUAGAUCUAGAGAAUCUUAAUCUAAUUUUUCUUCUCUAAAAACUCAAAAUACUACUAAAACGAUUAUUGAAGUUUAUAAAAAUAUAUCAUGAAAAUGAAAGUAAUAUUAAUUAACUAUUUACUACUAAUUUUACGAAACUAUAAAAUGCGAUGCAAUACAGUUACGGUAAUGUUUACAGUCUAGAGUCUAUAAUAUAGAAAUCUAGAUCUACUACAACAUGGCCGUUAACAUAAGUAGACAGCUUUACAAAGUAGUGAAAAAACACAUUUUUUUGCCUAAACAUCACCUAAAUCAUAAAACAGUUGAAUUUCAUGGGUCAAGUAAUGUGUAUAAAUACCUUUUCAACAUCUCGCGUUAUACGCAAACUACUAUUUCGAAACGUUCGUCAAAAAUUUGGUCAAGCGCAGUUGUUUCUUUACUAACGUCAUUGGGAUUAUUUGGAUCUGGAGUAAUGAGGCUCAAUGUAUCAGUUUUUGGAAAUGGUGUAACACCCGUUGACUUGUCGUCUUCAAAUCUUUCAUUAGAUGAUGCCUUAUUAACAGCGUGCAGGCUUGGGAGAGUUUCGGAAGUUGCUAAAUUACUGAAACUUGGAGCUGAAGUCAACAAAUGUCAUGAACUGGGAUGGACACCUCUCCAUGUUGCUGCAGUUAACAAAAAAUCAGAAAUUGUAGCCUUGCUUUUACAAUCAGGAGCAGAUCCUAAUUGUUUGGAUGAAUUUACAACUGUUGCACUAAAGGCCAAAGAGAAACAACUAAAUAGUUUGCACGUACUACUGACAAGAGAGGAGGAGUUUUCUGAUAGACUGAGUAACCGUGCAAACUUUCAAAACUGCACUCCUCUACACUAUGCUGUGCUUGUCAAUGAUGUUGCAAGUGUUAAGCAUCUAUUAGAGGCUGGAGCUGACCCUACUAUAGAAAAUGCAUUGGGACACCGAGCCAUUGAGUAUUCUCGAGAUAGUGAAGCCCAAAAACUAAUUGAAACGUACACUAAGAAGUUUGUAGAAAAAAAAGCCGCAGAAGAAGCUGAAGAAAGAAGACGAUUUCCUCUUGAGAAAAGACUGCAGGAGCACAUCAUUGGCCAAGAGGCUGCUAUAAACACUGUAGCUGCAGCUGUGAGGCGGAAACAAAAUGGCUGGUAUGACGAAGAUCAUCCUUUGGUGUUUCUUUUUUUGGGAUCCUCUGGCAUUGGUAAAACAGAAUUGGCCAAGCAGGUAUCCCAUUAUCUUCACAAAGAUAAAAAAGAGGCUUUUAUAAGAAUAGACAUGUCAGAAUACCAAGAAAAACAUGAGGUUGCUAAAUUUAUUGGAUCUCCACCUGGUUAUGUUGGGCAUGAUGAAGGGGGACAACUUACCAAGGCUCUAAGUAAAUGCUCUAAUGCAGUUGUGCUAUUUGAUGAGGUGGAUAAAGCCCAUCCAGAUGUAUUGACUAUCAUGUUACAGCUUUUUGAUGAGGGCCGUCUGACUGAUGGGAAGGGAAAACUAGUUGAGUGUAAAGAUGCAAUAUUUAUCAUGACUUCCAAUCUUGCCAGUGAAGAGAUUGCUGAGCAUGCAAUUCAGCUUAGACAAGAGGCAGCUGAUAUGUCUAGGAUGAGAGGCACUACCAGUAUAGAGGAUCUUGAGCAAGCUGAAAAAGUCACUAUUUCAAGAAAUUUUAAAGAUCAGGUUGUCAGACCUAUACUAAAGCGCAAGUUUCGACGUGAUGAAUUUCUUGGUAGAAUCAAUGAAAUAGUUUACUUUCUGCCAUUUUCUCAGUCAGAACUAUCAAAGCUUGUUUCCAAAGAACUUGAGUUUUGGUCACAGAGGGCAAAAAGUAAGCACAAUAUUGAACUGCUUUGGGAUCAUCGAGUUAUUGACACAUUAGCUGAAGGAUUCGACACUCAUUAUGGAGCAAGGUCAAUCAAAUAUGAGGUAGAAAGAAGGGUGAUCACUCAGCUUGCCAUGGCUCACGAAAGACAACUCAUUGAUAAUGGAAGCAAAAUUCGAAUAACAGUUUCCAAAGGAAAUGACCUGCUGGCAAAUACCACAUCAAAUGAGGAAGGUGAAGGGGCAACUAUUAAGCUACAAUUACUUGAGUCAGCUUCACCUGGAGUGGAAAAAUACAAAGAUAUUAUAUUAGAGAACACCGACAACCCCUUUUCAAUUCCAAUGUAGAAUUUGAAAAUAUUUAACUACCAUAAUCAAUUAGUUAAUUUUUUUCCCAGAGUUGCCAACUGUACAAUUUAACAAAAGCCUUGUCCUUACUUUGUAUACAAUUUUAUCUUUUCAUUUUCUAAAUAUUAUAUUUUGGUUUUCCCCAUCUAAUGUUUCUUUAGCAUUGCAAAAAAGUAUGAUUUGGAAUAAAAUGUGAUUUGAAAAUGGUAA